CCCAGGACGGAAGGCGCGGCCCGGGUAGCCUCUGGCCCUUUCCUAGCCCCUCCACCCCCCCGCCUGCCUUCUUCCUCCCUCCUCUGGCAGGAUGAGGCGUGCAGGCCUGGGUGAAGGAGUCCCUCGUGGCAACUACGGCUAUGCUGGCAGCGGCUACAGAGCCUGUGAGGAGAACGAGAGACUCACCGAAAGUCUGAGGAGCAAAGUCAGUGCUAUCAAAUCCCUGUCCAUUGAAAUAGGCCAUGAAGUUGAACAUCAAAAUAAAUUACUAGCUGAAAUGGAUUCACAGUUUGAUUCUACAACAGGGUUUCUAGGGAAAACUAUGGGAAAACUUAAAAUUUUAUCCAGAGGAAGCCAAACAAAGCUUUUUUGCUAUAUGACGCUGUUUUCGUUGUUCAUGUUUUUUGUCAUUUAUUGGAUUGUGAAACUGAGGUGAUGCAAGCAAGUGUGAGUUUAGAAUUUAUUCCCACCUGACGGCUUGGAUUACCACUUGGAUAAAAAUCAGCAUCCAGACAUUCCUAAUUUUCAAAUACUGUGACCUUUUCCAUUGAAGAUGACGGGAUUUGGCUUAUUUUGUAAAUCACACGAGAUAAUACAUUGCUCUUUAAAUACU